AUGGCAGACUCAGAUAUCCUUAAAUCUCUUUCUCUGAAUUCCGUCAUCUCGACGGCCUCUUCAUUCAGUCUCCAGUUUCAAAAUGCGGGUUUUCAACCCCACUUGCAACAGCUCAAUCAAAUCGGAGCCGGGCUACAGGGAGUAGUCUUUGAACAGGUCGGGAAGCCUUUGGCUAUGAAAAAGGAAACACCCGGAAACGAAACGCGACGAUCGAAUCUCCAUCAUGAGUAUUCGUUGCAUUGGUAUAUUUCGACCGCAUUUGCGCAUUACCACUCCAUCAACCGUGAAGUCCACGUUCCGAAACCCUUCCAGUUUAUCUCGAGGAAAGAGAACGACGCUUUUUGGGAUGAGAUCCUACCAAAGACCCCCCGGCCCUACCGCAUGCGCGGGGACCUCGUGAUGAUGGAGCGAAUUCUUCCAUUACCGAAAGUCGUGCGAAAAGCCUUCAUCUCUCAGUUUUACGCACCCGAACAAAAUCUCGAUAGCACUGAGAUCGAAGCCCUCCUUAAUCACACUCCAAAUAAGCACUGCCUCGCCCGAGUUUACCUUGGCAAGAGAAAUGGCACCUUUGACCGCGUAACCCCGCUGAGAAACUUUCCUCUGUAUCUUGGUCUGAUGGAGCAGGUUGGGAUUGAUCCUAUCCCACUUGCAAGGGCAAUGGGCAAAGCAUACGCAAUCUUGCACUGGGGUGCUGCCGUCAACGGUGAUGAUGUCGAGUUUGUGCUUGGCACAUCGGUCACAGAGGCCCAGGGACCAGAACAUGGGCCAGAUUUACAGCACCGCACGGUUCAGAUGUAUCUUCUAGAUUUCGGCCAGUGCGAGGUGGUAGACCUGAGUCAAGAUCCCGAUAUUGUUUAUCAAGCUUUCAAAGGAGCUAUGGUGACAGGGGAUAACCAAUGGUUUAUCCCACAUUAUUCGAGGAGCCCGACACUGUUCGCGACAUUCCGAAAAGGAUACAUUGAAGCGGGCAAUAUGAUUCUAUCAGAGAAACAGCUGAAGAAUAAGUACAACAUGGAGGACUUCAUGCAGGAAUACGAGGAGUAUGCCGAGGAUUUCCUGUAA